ACAAGGUUCCUGACGCUGCAUGAGGACAAGGUUCCUGACGUUGAGGACAAGGUUCCUGACGCUGAGGACAAGGUUCCUGACGUUGAGGACAAGGUUCCUGACGCUGAUGGCAAGAUUCUUGACUGUGAGGACAAGGUUCGUGACGUUGAGGACAAGGUUCCUGAUGCGGAGGACAAGGUUCCUGACGUUCAGGACAAUUAAGGUUCCUGACGUGAAGGACAAGGUUCCUGACGUGGAGGACAAGGUUCCUGACGUUGAGGACAAGGUUCCUGACGUUGAGGACAAGGUUUCCGACGCUGAGGACAAGGUUCCUGACGUUGAGGACAAGGUUGCUGACGUUGAGGACAAGGUUGCUGACGUUGAGGACAAGGUUGCUGACGUUGAGGACAAGGUUGCUGACGUUGAGGACAAGGUUCCGGACG